AUGGCGGCGUGGCCGGCAUGUGUUAGCUCCGCCUCUGUAGCCGCGUCUCGCUUCGGAGCAAUUUCGUUGGCUAGUUCAGUGGCGUUGCUAGGCCUCCAAAAUUUUAGGAAAAGAGGUUGGGGAGGCUGGGGCGGUUGCAGCAAUCGGUGCGGUUACGGAUAUCAGUACCGUCGCCGGUAUGUGUGGAGGUAUAGCUCUUGGGGAGGCCGCGGUUGCCCUCAUCUCUCCGAGAGGAGAUGGUGCGGUCGCCCGAACGGCGGAUGUCAACAGAUAUGCAGCUACGGACGUUGCUAUUGCUACAGCGGAUAUUACAGGUACAACUAUUACUACUGCGGCGACGUCAACGAGUGUGGCUACAACUCCGGACGCGGACCGUGUGCGCAUUACUGCCACAACACCGUGGGCAGCUACUAUUGUAGUUGUCGCUAUGGUUACUACCUGUCCGGACGUCACUCCUGCCCGCCGGUCAACUGCGGGAGGCCUCCCAUUCCAAGGUGUCCGAGCAACGCCUAUAGCGACCAGUUUGGUGCUGCCUGCAAGACCAUCAGCAUUCCCGGAUGUACAACCACUUACCUCAACUACUGCUACCUCAAUUGUCCAUCUAACUACCGCCGCGCUUUGAUUGGUUAUUCAGCAGGCAAAGCGUUCGCGCAAGAUUACAGCAAAGUGACGUUCACGGGUCCUUCCAGAGUUCGUUGUCAAGGGAACAGGUAUUGGACGAGUCAUGGCACCAUCGUGAAACUCUACUGCCGUCGUAACAACGAUCCUCCUACUGAUCUCCGUCUGAACAGUCUAACGAUCAAUGAACACAGUCCGGUCAAUACGGUCGUCGGCCUCCUCAGCUCCUCGGACUAUCAGUCUUGGCAGACGCAUCGAUACACCGUCGAACAUUCGAAGGGUUUCUACAUCUUUGAGAUUGCGGGAACAAACCUGAGGAUCAAGAUCGUACCGAGAUACAAGAGCACAGCGAACGGCGUCAACUCUCCGACUAACUCGUUUGAGGUGAGUAUUCGUACUACGGAUAACGGCAGUCCUAACAUGUACAGACAAGAAGACUAUAACAUCAAGAUACUCGACGUCAACGAUCCUCCCACCUUAGACUCAACACGUACAAGGUGUCCGAAAAGGCAGCCAUCGGGACGACCGUUGCAACUCUUCUGGCCGACGAUGAAGACUCGCGUACGACUAAUCCUUGCUCGUCGUGGAAGGUUGACGAUUCGUCGUCUCAUUCGGUUGCAUUCAAGUUGGGUGGAGGCAACAAAGUCGUGACAGCAAAACUAAUAGAUCACGAGUCACAGAAAGCUCAUUCUAUUGUUAUAACGUGUGUGGACUAUGAUUAUACAUCAUCAAGUGGACGCAACAAGAAGACGGCAUCUGCGACGGUAAUCAUUGAUAUUACCGAUGAACACGAACCUCCGAUUUCGAUCUCUCUCGACAAUGACGACGUCGAUGAGAAUUCGAAGUCGGGAACAAAGGUGGGGACGGUGACGGCUUCCAAUUAGGACAAGGAGACUCUACGAUUCGUGCUCGUAUCAAGUUCAAAGACUAACAAACUCGAUGCAACAAAGAAGUUCAAGGUUGGCACGCCGUCGUGCUCGAAUCCAAACUCGGGUUCAGUCAGGACUGUCUGCACGGCUGAUAUUACGGUCAUCGGGACAUUGGACUACGAAGACAUUGAAACAUACAAUGUCAUUCUCUUUGCAUACGACACCAAGAAUCACCACAUCAGCAAGGCUUUCACUCUGAAAGUCAAUGAUAUCAACGAGGCUCCGACGGACGUCAUACUGGGAGCGAAUUCAGUAGACGAGAAUUCACCUGUUAACACAAUCGUUGGAAACCUGGACUUUGAAGACCCCGACAAUCCUGAUAAAUACAAGACCUAUCCUAACGGCUCGAUCGGCUUGGUCGAAGAUAUCCG